UCAGACCAAUCGUGAUUAAAAAACCUUGAAGCCUCCCCAACGAUCGUGAGCGGGAGGCGGUUUCUUGUUUGUUGGGGCUUGUAUUUGUGUGUUUGCGGGGACUUCGGGGUGCGUGGGGGCGACACCGAACGGGCCAUGGCAGCAGCGGAGGAGGAGCAUGGGGGCCCCGAAGGGCCAAACUGCGAGCGGGGCGGGGCGGGCGCGACCUUCGAAUGUAACAUCUGUCUGGAGACGGCUCGGGAGGCUGUGAUCAGUAUGUGUGGCCACCUGUACUGUUGGCCCUGUCUUCAUCAGUGGCUGGAGACACGGCCAGAGCGGCAAGAGUGCCCAGUGUGUAAAGCUGGCAUCAGCCGAGAAAAGGUUGUCCCCCUCUAUGGGCGAGGGAGCCAGAAGCCCCAGGACCCCAGAUUGAAAACCCCACCCCGCCCCCAGGGCCAGCGGCCAGCUCCCGAGAGCAGAGGGGGCUUCCAGCCAUUCGGCGAUACCGGGGCCUUUCACUUCUCAUUCGGUGUGGGUGCUUUUCCCUUUGGAUUUUUCACCACUGUCUUCAAUACCCAUGAGCCGUUCCGCCGGGGUGCAGGUGUGGAUCUGGGACAGGGUCACCCGGCCUCCAGCUGGCAGGACUCCCUCUUCCUGUUUCUCGCCAUUUUCUUCUUUUUCUGGCUGCUCAGUAUUUGAGCCAUGUCUCCUUUCUGCCCACCUCCAGCCAGAGGAGAAUCAGUAUUGGGGGUCCCUGCUGACCCUUCCUCACUCCUGGGCCCUCCCCCCAGCCCCUCCACUUCUGCUGGCCACUCUCCAGGUGGGUGUGUGAGGAGUGCAUCUGCGCAGAGGGCCACAGGACGGAGAAGCAUCCUCCGACUGUGCACGCACUCGCACUCACCCGCAGCAGCACCUCCCAGCGCUGGGAGAGGAGGGGGCUGAAGAGAAGGUCUGUUUCUCCUUCCUCAUCCUGUGCGUUCCCAUUUCUUGAUUUGAUUUUGAAAGGUGGGCAAGGCUCCCUCUGACUCUCCCCAACUUCUCCCUUGAUUUAAUUUAAUUUUCUCUCCCCAGUACCUACUGUGGGUUCUGACUCAAUGCUCCCUUCUCCUCACUGACUUCUUUAUCACAGACUCAAUAAACAAGCUGAGAUGUAUUGAUGGGAA